AUGAGCGCCUAUGAGCCAGUGAGCUGCUAUUCAGGACCACUUACCAUGGCUCAGGGACAAUGGCUCCGUGGCACUGUGAAAGCUGUUUCCUCUGGAGAUUGCCUCACAAUUGUAGGCAGUGUCAAAAGCGGACCACCUCCUGAGAAGACUAUCACACUCUCCUCACUGAUGAGCCCUCGAUUGGCUCGCCGGGACACCAAAGAUGAGCCGUGGGCGUGGCAGAGCCGCGAGUACCUGCGCAAGAAGGUCAUUGGCAAGGCGGUGGUCUUCAAGGUGGACUAUGCUGUGCCGUCCAUCAACCGCGAGUUUGGCAGCGUUUUCAUGGAUGACACCAAUCUGGCGCUCGAUGUGGUGGCAAACGGAUGGGCCAGGGUUAAAACCCAGGUGAAUGCUCAGUCGGAGCAGAGCCCGUACCUGGCGGAUCUUGUGAAGGCGGAGGAGCAGGCGCAGAGCCAGGGCCUGGGCAUGUGGAACAAAACCCCGGGAGCAGCAGAGGCCUCAGUGCGCGACCUUCCGCCCUCGGGAGUGGGUGAAGGGAGCACCUUCGACGCACUUGGGCUUCUCGACGAAUGCAAGGGGAAGGCCAUCCCGGCUCUUGUGGAGAUGGUUCGGGAUGGCAGCACGAUCCGGGUCUGGCUCCUUCCAAGCUACCAGUUCGUACAGGUCUAUACAACGGGUAUCCAGUGUCCGUCAAUGGGUAGGCGGCCUCCUCCCGUCGAGGCCGUGCCGGAAACUGCCAAGGCCGAGACCAACGGUGGAUCGGGAGCUGCUUCGGAGCCCCUCACUUCAGCUCAACGGCUGGCCGCUGCGAAUGCGCCGGUGGAGGUUGCGCCAGACCCGUUCGCUAGGGAAGCGAAGCACUUCACGGAAACGAGGGUUUUGCACCGGGACGUCAGAAUCGUCCUCGACGGAGUCGACAAGUAUAACAACUUGUUUGGGUCCAUCUUUUACUCGGAGAAUGACGUGGCACAGGACCUCGCCCUCCAACUUGUCAGCCAGGGGCUGGCGCGCGUUGUGGAGUGGAGCGCAGCGAUGCUGGAGCCGCUGGCCAAGGAGAAGCUCAAGGCGACGGAGCGGCAGGCCAAGCUGGACAAACUGCGCCUCUGGGUCAACUUCGUGCCGGCGCCGUCCAACUCCGUGGCCGUCAGGGACGACAACUUCACUGGCGUCGUUAUUGAGGUGGUCAGCGGAGAUUGCGUGGUGGUGGCGGACGAUGCGGCCCCAGAGGGAUCCCCCUUGGCGGAGCGGCGUGUGAACCUGUCCAGCAUCCGGGCGCCUAAGGUCGGCAACCCGCGGCGGGACGAGAAGCCUGCGCCGCAUGCACGGGAGGCCAAGGAGUUUCUGCGCUCGCGCUUGAUCGGCCAGAAGGUGGCAGUCCAGAUGGAGUACACCCGCAAGGUGGCCCCUACCGACGGCCCCGUACCAGCCCCGGGCGGCGAGCGCAACAUGGAGUUCGGAUCCCUCUUUUUGCUGGACAAGAGCAAGGACGCAGAGGGGGCCACCGUUGCGCCCACAGCCAAUGGAGAAGCGCCAGCGCCUGGCAUCAACGUCGCUGAGAUGGUGGUUGGACGGGGCUUCGCGACGGUCGUGCGGCACCGCGACUUCGAGGAGCGGUCGACGUACUACGAGAACCUGGUUGCAGCGGAAGCGCGCGCCACCAAAAAGAAGGCCGGCAUGCACUCUGCCAAGGAGCCGCCCGUUGCGCAUCUUAACGACAUCUCCGACAGGACUGCGGCCGCCAAGGCGAAACAGUUCCUGCCAUUCCUCCAGCGCAGCGGGCGGCAGCCCGCGGUGGUAGACUACGUGUUGAGCGGGCACCGCUUCAAGCUGAUCAUCCCCAAGGAGAGCGUCGCUGUCGCCUUCUCGCUAGCGGGCGUGCGCUGCCCCGGCAGGGGUGAACCCUUCGCCGACGAGGCCCUGGCGUUCAUGCGCCGCAGGAUCUCCCAGCGCUCCGUCGAGAUCGAGGUCGAGACGGUGGACAAGACGGGCACGUUCCUGGGGUCUCUGUUCGAGAACAAGGUGAACGUCGCGGUGGCGCUGCUCGAGAACGGCCUCGCCAAGCUGCACCCCAACUUCGACCCCUCGCGGACUGCCAGCGCUGUCGACCUGCAGCGGGCCGAGGAGAAGGCCAGGACGCACAAGGUCAAGGUGUGGGAGAACUACGACCCCGCCGCAGAGGCCGCCGCGGAGGCGGCUUCCACGUCGGACACCAAGGGCGAAGUCCUGAACGUGCGCGUGACCGAAGUCGUCGACGGGUCGCGCUUCUACGCGCAAGUCGAGAGCGACUCGCGUCUCUCGUCCAUUGAGGCGCAGCUCGAGGGGCUGAAGCUGAAGGAGAAAGUGCUGCCCGCCGGCGCAUUUGCGCCAAAGAGAGGGGAGCUGGUGCUGGGCCAGUUCACACUGGACGACAGUUUUGCGCGCGCGCUGAUUGUGGAGGCGCCCAAGCAGGCGACGGGGACCGGGGGGGACAAGUACGAGGUGUUUUACGUGGACUAUGGCAACAAGGAGACGCUGCCCGUCUCUCGGCUGCGGCCGAUGGAGCCGGGCCUGGCGGCGGUGCCGCAGCAGAGCCACCUGUGCUCGCUCGCGCACGUCAAGGUGCCCGGCCUCGACGAGGAGUUCGGCGUCGACGCAGCCCAGCUCCUGCAGGAGACGGUCGCCGACAAGAAGCUCGUCGCGCGCGUCGAGGAGCGCGACAACUCCGCCGGCAGGACCAAGGGCCAGGGCGUGGGUCCCCGGAUGAUCGUGACCCUGGUGGACCCCGAGUCGAGCGCGACGAUCCAGUCGGUCCUGCUGGAGGCCGGGCUGGCGCGUCUUGAGAAGGCGGGGCGCGGUGCGUCGCGGCAGAAGCGGGAGGCGCUCGAGGCGCUUCAGGAGCACCAGGAGCUGGCCAAGAAGGAGCGGCUCAACAUCUGGCAGUAUGGUGACGUGGGCAGUGACGACGAGGAGGAGCCCCGCGCGUGGGGCCGGCGGUAGAGGGGCGGCAGGGAAGCCCAGUGUUCCCUUGCGAGGGAGUAAAACCGGAAACAGAAAGAGAGGGGCGGCAAUGUACUAGGGUGAUAAAGCGCAGAGCUCGAGACGGAAGGCGAAGGAGUUUUGGAUCAUUGCUAUCAAGCGGUAGGAUGCUUUUGCUGAGUAGCGGGGUAGUAGCGUCGUCGUAUGCGGCAAACGGUGUCUACAACAUGUUUGUGGUAGGUUGAAGUGAAUGAGUUACUCCGUUAGCAGGGCACUUUCUGUUGGUGCAGUAUUCACUUAGUGAUGUGCGAAGUCUACUGUCAGUUGCAGAGGAUGUUGUCACGACGCGUGUUGUCAGCCCACAUGCUCAUUAGCCACAUCAAGGUCUUUUUGGUAUGGCGUAAAUGCC